GCGCAAAGAACUCGCGGGCGUUGGCACUCACUGGUCCUGGCAGUUGGCUGGGCGCGGCCUCCGAGCAGGCUGGUGGACGCCAGGCUCUCUGGUUGGCCGGCGCUGUCCAGAGACAGCCGGGGAGGUUAGGCAGGCCGUGAGACGCCCAGGACUCCCACGAAGCGAUGGCGGAUAAAAAAGGCAAGGGAAAACCCGCGCCUGCGGCUGCGCCUCCACCUCCACCUCCAGCCGCCGCCGCCGCCGCCGCCAAACCUCCAGAAAAGAAGGAGGAAGGGAAAGACAAGGAACAAAAAGAGAAGUCAGUGCAGCCCAAGGAUGAAGUAGGCACAAGGAAGGGAUGUCGUCGCUACCGGUGGGAGUUAAAGGACAGCAAUAGAGAGUUCUGGAGCAUGGGGCACGCCGUGGUCAAGAUUCUGAGUUUGGGCUGCCUAAUAGGGACGCUGGUAGCGUUCUCUUCACUGCCGGUGCACCCCAUCUUGCCGCUCAUCAUCUCCAUGGAAAUAGCCAUCUUCACCUUCUUCAUCAUCAUCUACACCUUUGCCAUCAAUAGAUACAUGCCCUUCAUCCUGUGGCCCGUUUCUGACCUCCUCAACGACCUAUUCGCCUUUGCCUUUCUCGUGGGAGCCGUGAUCUUCGCCGUGAGAAUCCGGUCGUCCCUGCCCACGCUCUACUUGACUGGUCUGGACAGGACAAGCCACCUGCACCGGCACCAGGAGCAGCACCAGCAGCAGCACCAGCCGCAGCCCCGGCAGCACCAGCAGCCAAAGGAAAAAAGUGACUUGGAGGAGGCUCCCGUCAUCAGAAAUGGCAGCGUAUUUUACAGCAAACCGCUGUCUCCCCUCUCUCCUUUCCAGAAUGGUUUUCUUUUCCAUUUUAAUGACCAUCUGUGUGUGGAAAAGAAAUGUCUCUUUAAAUCAAUUUUAAAGGCGAAAGUUGCUGUAAACAUUAUUUUGUUCAUUCAACAGAAGUUACUGAAAGUCGUGGUGCAGAGGGCAGCAGAGCCGUCCGGCGGCCUGGGGGAACAGUUGUGGGUGACACCGCCCACCAGCGCUGACCAGCCAGAGGGGCCCAGGGAACAUGAGAACCUGGAAAGCAAAAGGAUGCAUUUUGUUCACAUCAGUAUUUUUAGAUUACUUAAAAAAAAAAAAAAAGAAAGAAAGAAAAAAACCCAAGCAAUUGAUAUGAGGAAAAUAAGUUUGCCAGCCUUCCUUGCUCUUACUUUACAGUUUAGUAUUGAUGCUCAUGAAGUUCACUGAGUAGGAGGGCAAGGC